GAUGGGCGACGUCUUUUCUGCCAGAGAACACGCCAAGUACUUUACGGGGAUGUCAUUGUGUUUGUGCUUGCAUCGCACGCCGAGAAGUUGGCGGACGCAUUCCCGGCCAUGGGCGCCAAGCGCGCCAUUUGCAUUCGAGCCAAUUGGGCCAUGAGCGAAGACGCUCGCGUCUUCUUUGCGAGCGUCGGUGAAUGCUUUGUCGGAGCGCAAGACGACGAGCUUCCGCAAGAAGUCCUGGAGUACAAGGAGCGCCAACUUGACAAGGGACUGGUUCGUACAAAUUAAACGAUGAUUCCAGGAGGUCCGCAAUUAACGGCAGAUUUCCAAGCGUCGUUUCGAUCGAAGGAUCGAUGUUUCCCACCUCGAGCAUGUACGACGACAUGGACGAAGAGCUCGCCAAGUCGACGUACUUGGGUGUACCUGCAACACCGCGCGAGACUGUCUCUUCCUCUGCGUCUUCCUCGCGACUGAGCACCGUCGUUUUUGCCAACUGCCCCAAGGCGCACGCGUGCGGCGUCCAGCUUGGCACAACGAUCGCGUUCUUGGGUCUCUUUGCUAUUGCGCAGGCGUACCUUUGGGACCGCUCGGCGCCCUUCUUCGCCGCGACUUCGCUCCUCCUCUGCUCGUACGAGUUUCUAUGGCUCGCUCACCACAGCACUCGCGCCCUCACCGCGUCGCUCGACCCAGACCAGUCGCCAAAUGGCACUGAUUCGUGCGGCCAAGCGCUCGCCGAUCGCUUCUUUGGCGGCCGUCUCAUUCUCGUGAGCCUUCUCGCUGGUGUGAUGGGUGGCAGCACCUACUAUGGCUGCACAUGGUACGGGUUUAACGUUCUCAACUCGUCGAAAGGCGUCAUGUACCCGCGGACGAUCAAGGCGCUGGGUACGUUUACGGGCGGCGGGUCCGGGCUCUUGAGCGUCUACUGUCCGUCGUGGUCGGCCGCAGUGACGCUCAUUUGCUUUGGCGCGUUCUUCGUCUGCGUCAGCAUCGAUGCCAUUGCGUACCAAGCGUCCGUUCUCUCGCACAAGUUUGUCAUGGACAAUGGCGAGCUCUACGCGCAGGGUGGAAGCCUCAUCAUUGCGCUCAUGCUCUUCAGUCCCGCACCACCGAUCGUGUCGCUCAUCUUGAUUUGCCACCACCUUGUCGGCUUCAUGUACAUUUUCGGCUGCUGCAGUGCGAUCUCGGGCUACAUUGAGCACCUGCACCAAACGUUUGCAGUCAACUUGCUCAGCGGCGUUCUCUACGCGACGAUCGGCGCGUCCUUUGCUCAGUACCUCUGGCACCGCUGCCUCGAAAAGUCGUGCGGAUCCUCGCGGUGCAACCUGCCCCUCGUGCGCUGCCUUGGCGCCGACUCGCCGCGCCUUUUCGAGAUCCUCGCGAGCUGCCUCGGAGGCAUCCUCGGUAUGUUCUUCACGACGCUCCACGUCGAUAUUGUCGGGUCCACAAGCGCCAGCGUCGUGUACACUGGCGGCGCAAUCUUCGUUGCCAACCUCGGAAGGUUGUUCCUUGCUGUGCUCAAGCAGGUUGCUGGCGACGCGCCACCACGCGGCAUCUUUGGCGUCCACGGUGGCCUCCUCGACGGCCUCCAGCUCUUCCUGCCGCUGAUCCUGGCCUUCUCGCCCUACUACCGGGUGUACCUCGGCAAUCCAGACCCUGCUGGCAACGGCACGCGUCCCAAUUAGCUACAAACGUCAACGUGGCUUGCAUCCCACAGGAAAAUAUUCGUUUUGCUAUCAACAAUAAAUGCCUGUCGUUG